AUGAGUGUCAAAUGGGCAGUUGCGGACUAUGUGGCUUCUGAGCUCAACAUUGAUCUAAAUGUUUCGCAAAACAUAGUUGAACUUUUUGAAGAUGGUCAUGAAAUACCCUUCAUUGCUCGGUACAGAAGACAUUUGACGCAAAAUGCCUCGCCGGACGACCUUCGGCAUGCUUUAAAAGCAUUUGAAGAUGCAAAAGCUCUUAAAGCUAAGGUGGAGAAAUUUAUGAAGCGAUUCGAUGACGAAGUACAAGCAUCGGAGCUUCAAAAGCAGAGUCUCAAGUCAGCACUUAUGACAACCAUGGACGAGGAUGAGUUUACGAGUUUGAUCGCACCAUUUAAAAAGUCUAAGAAGCGUACUCUCGCUGCAGCAGCAGCUAUAAUGAAAAGCUCUAAUCGUAGCACGAAAUCAUUGGAAGUUGAAAAUGGAUUAAAGAACUCUGAGAUGGUUGAAAAAGCAGUUUUUGAUUAUCUUUCUUCUGCGAUACAUCGUAACGAGGAAACGCAAAAGUUUUUACGAGAAGUCAUCACUAGUCCUAAAAAACACAAUGUCAGUUUUCUGGUGAAGUCAUCUGUGACGCAGAAGGGGCUAAAGCUAAAAAAAGAAAGUCCGACAGAAUUCAAACGAUAUGAGCUUUACGAAGCUUUGCAGAAGAAAGAAGAAUUGUUUCAAGAUCAUCAGAUUUUGGCAAUACACAGAGGGUGCACAACGGGCUAUUUGAAGUGGACUGUCGAAGUACGUGGAGGGAUAGAAAAGAAGCACCCUGGCCUAAAGAUUCCUGUACAUCAUAAAUUCAAGCCUUUUAUACAAUCAGUAAUUGCCGAUUCGACAAAGCGCUUUUUUUUACCUUCAAUCGAACGUUUUCACCCUUAUCAUCGUCAUUUUAGGAAACGCUUAUUCAGUCGUGCUGAGGAGUCUGCUGUCGAUUGCUUUGCCAGUAAUCUUCGGGAACUGUUUUUGACCGCCCCGUUGAAAGGAAGACCUGUCCUUGCAGUUGACCCUGGUAUUAAGCAUGGUUGCAAAUGCGCUCUUGUUGAUAAACAUGGCAACCUAAUGAAUACUGGAAUUUUAUUUUGGCAGAGAGAUCACAAUGGACGUUUUCUACUUGACGAAGUUUCUGAAAAGAGGUUAGUUGCAUUGGUCCAGGAAGCAUCCGCUCGUCAUGUAGUGAUUGCUGUGGGCAAUGGGAAGGAGAACAGAUCUGUUCAAGAAGCAGUUGCCUUACUGAUCAGUAAGAAGGCUUUUGCUCCUACUGAUGUUGAAUUCUGUGUCGUUUCGGAAUGCGGGUCUUCUGUGUAUAGCGCAUCAGAUAUCGGUAUAGCUGAAUUUCCUGAUAUAGACAUCAAUUUGAGAAGUGCAGUCUCAAUUGCACGAAGGGUGCUAGAUCCAAUUUCUGAAUAUGUGAAAAUACCUCCCGAGAGUCUUGGAGUUGGAUCUUAUCAGCACUCUGUCAAUGCAAAACUUCUUCGCGAGAUGCUAGAUCAAGUUGUGAAAGAAUGCGUCAGUAACGUUGGUGUCGAUAUCAAUGUAGCGUCAAGUCAAGUGUUGGAAAAAGUUGCUGGUUUAAACAAGAAAACUGUUUCAAAUAUAAUCAAAUAUCGGGAAGAAAAUGGAAGGAUUUUAAGCAGAAAAGUUUUACAGGGAAUUAAUGGUAUUGGGCCAAAAACCUUUCAACAGUGCGCAGGAUUUCUUUAUAUCUUUAAUGAAAACAGUGGUUUAACACCAGUUAAAAAGAAACGACGUUUAACAGAAGUGUAUAAUCCGCUUGAUGCUACCCCAGUUCACCCUGAAAGUUAUAAUACCGCGGAAAAAAUAAUAGCUACGAUUAACGCUGACAUCAAUGACGUCAACACCAGUACUUUCAAAUCAAAGCUCUUGAAGUGUAAAAGUCAGUUUGAAAAUGCUGGAGCGGAAUAUCUUCUUGUUUGGGAACUCUUAUGUAGACCGACGCUAAAAGAAGUGUUCACCGUUAGUUCUAUUGAGCCCGGUCAAGUUGUUGAAGGGACUGUAUCAAACCAUACCCAGUUCGGUACAUUUAUUGAUAUUGGUAUUGGAUUCGCAGGGUUAUUGCACGUUUCAGAGUACAGGAAUGGCACACCUCCUAAGGUAAAUAGCCGCAUUAAAGUUCGAGUUAAAAACGUGGAUCUAGCUGCGAGGCGGGUUGGAUUUGCCUUGUGCAGUGGUUCGUGA